AUGCGAGCGCCGCCGCUGCUGCUGCUGCUGCUGAUGGCGGCCGCGGGCCUGGCCGUGAGUCCGCUCGCGCGCCUCAACCCCUGGCUGAGCGCGUGCGACCUGGAGGAGGAGGGCGCGAGUGUCGCGCGACAGUGCGGCGGAGCGGCGUGCAGCGGCAGCGGCGCGGCGGACGUGCUGGCGGGGCGCGACGUGGCGCAGCUGUGCGCGCUGAGUGCGGGAGCGCGCGCGCGCCGCCUGGCGCAGCUGCGGAUGCGCGCCUGCUGCGAGCGCUCGCCCGCGUCCGCGCUGGACCGCGGCGCGCGCGCACACGUGCUGGCCGGCGGCGAGCGCUGCGAGCGCACGCUGCACGACCUGCUCAGCCUCGAUGCCAUGGUCGCGCGCGUGCACUGUGACUUCGUCAACAUCCUCGAUCGCUACGACUGCGACCAGUCCUACUCCGUACACACGUGUAAAGAGUGCCAGGAAACGUACAGAAGGUGGGCGUGCAGCACGAUGGUGCCACUGUGGGUGGAAGAGGGGGCGGAGGAGGGCGAGGAGAGCGGGCGGGCCCGGCGCGCGCCGGCGUCGCACGCGGCGCGCUGGCAUGCGCGCCACCUUGAGCGGGUGGGUCACUUGGAUCGACGGCGUGCUGGUGGCGUGGUGGGCCGCUGGGUGCGCGCCGCGGCCGCGGGCCCCGGCCGGCCGCUGGCGCGCCUCAAGCCCUGCCUCUCCGUCUGCCAGCUAGUCGAGCAGCACUGCCCCUACUUCCUGCCGGCCGAUCGCGCCCCCGCUUACCCCACACAGUACGCCGGCGAGCCCACCUUUCUAUGCCUUGAUGCACGAAUACCUGAGACGGGCGGUCAGGCGAACAACUCCAACUACGGGAGCGACGAGUGUUGUUACUGGUACUGCGAGGGGCGGCUGUGCUACCGGUGCGAGGCACGGCUGACCGAGGCGGCGCGGCCGGAGCCCGAGACGUGUUCGCCUGUAGAGGAGCGCGUACCCGGGUGCUCGGUGCCCUACCAGGCUCCAUCCCGGGCCGCGCCCCCGCGCACCCACACCCUCGCCCUCACCGCACCCGCGCUAGUGAUCGCACUCGCCGCCGCCAGAGCACCACGGACCCACUGGACACUGUCCACGUCUUUAGUGAAUGUGCGCGACUCGAGGUUAUAGUUUUACGUUAACGUGCGUCGCACUCCCACGCCCCGCGAUCGCCGGACUACAAUCGGAACUUCUAUUAGUGCUGUACUUAUGAUAAUAAAUUACGCGCGGUUACGAGUUCGAUGAUCCCCGAGACUCGCGGCACGCGUGCUGCGUCACGGCGCGUCGCGAGUCCCGCGGCCGUGUAGGAUGUAAGUUAACAUUUGUGUCCGAUUGUUCGAUACACCCGAGACAUAGAAACACCAAAUGUUCCCGAAACAUUAUCUCAUUUAUCACAUAAGCGCUGUUAGCCGAUGUUCCGGCCAGUAUGUUUAAAAUUUUUGGCACGAUUUUUAAAUCUAAUAAACAUGACUUUUGUGUUUGAGAGAUA